CGUGAACUCUUGAAACUUGAAGACAAGGACCCCAAGAGGCUGUUCGAAGGAAACGCUUUGAUCCGUCGAUUAGUCCGAAUUGGUGUGUUGGAUGAAGCCAGGAUGAGAUUGGAUUACGUGUUGGCCUUGAAGAUCGAGGACUUCAUGGAACGCCGUCUCCAAACCCAGGUUUUCAAGUCUGGAUUGGCCAAAUCCAUCCAUCACGCUCGAGUCCUCAUCCGUCAACGUCACAUCCGUGUCGGUAAACAGAUUGUCAACGUUCCCUCUUUUGUUGUACGACUCGACAGUCAAAAACACAUUGACUUUGCCCUCACCAGUCCUUACGGUGGAUCAAGAGCUGGACGUGUCAAGAGGAAACGGGCAAAGAAGGCUGAUGCUGGUGAAGAGGCCGGUGAAGAAGAUGAGGAAUAG